AUGAUGAAGCUGCAAGGAGGACUUCUCCAAUGGAGUCCUAGCAGCUUAAUUCCGUCGAUUAACACUAGAAUCAAAACAACCCAUCUCUCUAUCUCCGCCUGUGUCGUCGAGCGGAACCGCGAGCUGACGGCGAGAGAGAGGCGGCAGCUCCGGAACGAGCGGCGCGAGAGCAAAUCGGGUUACAGCUGGCGAGAAGAAGUUGAGGAGCGGCUGAUUAAGAAACCGAAGAAACGGUAUGCGACGUGGACGGAAGAGCUGAAUUUGGAUACUUUGGCUGAGUCGGGUCCGCAAUGGUGGGUGGUUCGGGUUUCGAGACUUCGUGGUCAGGAGACUGCUCAAGUCUUAGCUCGAGCUCUUGCUCGUCAAUUCCCUGAAAUGGAAUUCACGGUUUAUGCUCCAGCUGUACAGGUGAAGAGAAAGCUAAAGAACGGUUCUUUAUCUAUUAAACCGAAACCUGUGUUCCCUGGUUGCAUUUUCAUCAGAUGUAUAUUGAACAAAGAGAUCCAUGACUCCAUUAGAGACUGUGAAGGAGUCGGAGGUUUCAUAGGCUCUAAAGUUGGAAACACCAAGAGACAGAUAAACAAACCGAGACCAGUAGACGACAGUGAUUUGGAAGCAAUUUUCAAACAAGCAAAAGAAGAACAAGAGAAAGCAGACCUUGAGUUCGAUGAGCUACAAAGAGCUGAAGAAGAAGAAGCGAUUUUAGCCUCACAGAAACUUCUUCUUGAAUCGAAUUCAGAUGUUAUCGAGAAUGUAGAAUCUCUCGCAGAGACUAAAACGAAAAGAUCCCCGAGAAAAGCUACUCCUGUUACUGAAACAAAGGAGAAGAAGGAGAAGAAGAAGAAACUUGCAGCUGGUUCUACAGUUCGAGUUUUAUCAGGGACGUUCGCUGAAUUCGUUGGCAACCUAAAGAAACUGAACCGGAAAACAGCAAAGGCAACGGUGGGAUUUACUUUGUUUGGAAAGGAGACUCUAGUGGAAAUUGACAUCAAUGAACUUGUUCCUGAGAUUCAAUCUUGA